GUAUCUAAACGACAGAUAUCAGUUAAUUAGAAUUAGAAUUAUAUGGCGGGUUGGUGUACUAAUAAUGGAUACAAUAUUUGGAACAACGAAACGAGACUAAACACUUAUGGAAUAUAAAGAAUUAGAGAAGGACGUUGCCCAAGAAGAUAUCAGCCAUGAAGUUCAAGAUAUUUCAAUGAAGAAAAUGAAAUUAAAAGAUCCCGACGACGGAACAAAACUAGACGACAAAGAAAACAAUGGAACGACACAGCAUAUGACAAUAACUAAACACAGAACAAUGAAAGACAAGAACAUCGGUCGAAAAAGACAAUCCACACCUGAAAAACUUCCUUAUGCUCUACCACAAAGACGUCACAGCAAAAAUAACGGAAAAUCAUUAAAAAAGACUUCAAAAAAUACAGAAAUAACAACUAAUUCAACACGGAAAUCACAUUCACCAAAAACUGAAUAUUUAUCGGUGGACGAAAACCAAGAUAUCGCUAAAUCCGUGCAGCAAAGUUUCCCACAAAAUCAAGAAGGCGAUAUGAUAGACAAAGAUAUUUCUAUCGCUGCUAAUAAAGCCUUAAAUAAAACUUUGUCAAAUGAGGUAAUUGCAAAUGGGUUUUCUGAGGAAGAACGUAGCUAUAUUGAACUUGAGGCAGUGAACGAGCUAACGAAUGGAAAUAUACUGGAUAAUAGCACUGUGUGUCACAACAAUGAGCCUGCGGAUGCAAAGGUGCCAACAAACGAAAAAAACUCAAACGGAAUAAAACCCGUUCAUAACGGACGGAUUAAACAUCUCGUAAAUGCCACAAAUGACGACGUUACGCCACCAAAUAACGACUUUCAAUGCCACGAGAAACUGUCAGCUAUAGAAGAAAACGCCACAGGCGAUACCGAUUCUUCUGCGACUAUAGAUAGCGACAGCUCUCUGACAAAAACGACUGCGGGAGGAACUAACGUAAAUGCAGUGAACGUGCCAAAAACACCUGCCGUUUUGAAUUACAAAAUGAAAUGGGCGGGAUUGUCAACCAGAGCUCUUACGAAAGAAAAUGCUCAAAAACAGACGAACAGAACUAAUAUAUUAAUUAGCGCUACUGAACCUACGGGCAGUAAUAACGCAUCGACUGAGACAACGUCGAAAGCAGAUUCAAAAGCAGAAGGGAACGCCGCCGUCAGAAAAGUUUCCUUAGCAAUGAACGCAUUUAAAAAACCAACCAAAGAAAUACCAAGGCCCUCGGCGACGAUGUGGCAACAUGCGGUACGCAGAGUAGCAAGAUAUCAACAUAUUGGAACAACACACAUCAGUGCAGAAGCUGAAACAAUACAAAGUUUUAACAGAGAAAUCCUCAAAAGGAAGACAACACUUCUAAACCUAUCAUCCCCUCACAACACUGAAGAACAAAAUGGCCAAUCUCACAACAGAGUGAACAGGAUCGCGCCGGGAUCAUUCUCCACAACUGACGAUGAAAUAAAUACUUACAGACAAACAAUCAUAGACGAAGAUGUCCUGCCAAGACAAUUUAAUAAAUCAUACAGACUCGGAUAUUUAUUGAACGCGGUUAUUUUGCCUACAUUUCGUAACUCAUUCAAUGGCGUACUGGAAGAUAUUUACAACAGAUAUUUCUUUAUGGAGAAGCGAGCUUCGCUCAUUGCAUUAAUUAUUUUGCUAUUGAUAAAUAAGAUCAUCAUGUUGUCUUACCGUGUGUUUACUGAUGUAUCAAAUAUCGCUUAUAUAGUAGUUUCAGUUGUAACGUUGCUUUGUUUUAUUGUCAUCAUAAUUCUAACAUUUCGGAACUCUUCUCCGUCGUUCAAAUCGUCUUGGGUAAAAUUACAAAUCUAUGGAAUAUUCACGUGGUUGAUCAUGAUCGCGUUUGGACAAUUUGAUAUUUAUUAUUCAACGAACGAGCAACGAUCGUAUCUAUCGUUUGUUUCUGAGGGAAUGCCGAUCCUACUGUGUUUCACUUUUGUUACUUAUACUAUGUUACCUGUACCUUUAAUUUGGGCUGCUUGCAUGGCGCUAAUCCAAUCAUUAUUGGAGAUACUGGGCCGUACACUCUGCUACGCCGUGGCAACUAGUGGAGAUAGUAUAACUACAUUGACUACAGACCCUAGUACCACCACAGAGACUAUUUUAACUAGAGACAUGGAUUCAAUAACUGAAGAAAACGUGGCAAAAUCAUCGAAUUUAACACUUUUAAGACUAUUUUCUGCGCUUAUUAUAACUGCAACGAUUCAGCCGGACGUAAAGAUAACAGGAUAUAUGGCAAAUAACAUUAUUAAUUCCCACGAGCAAAACUUACUAACAUCAGCAAAUGGCGACGACAAAUAUUCAUUGCUGAGUUACGCCAAAAACACAGAUUUUCCUAAUUAUAUCGAUACUUUGAAUCUAACAGCAAAGGAAUAUAUUUCGCGUUAUGACAUGAUUCCUCGAUCGGAUUCUAAUGAAACUAAUUAUAAUUCAAACUUUGUUUCUGUCGACUCCAACACAUUUGCAAGGUUUGUUAUUGGUAUGGUGCUGGUAACCUUGUGCGCCCACAUCGCUGGGAUUUGGACGAGUUUUUUAAUGGAUCGGGCCCAAAGACAAACUUUUAUUGAAACACGACAAUGCAUAAAAGCGAGAUUGAAACUCGAAAGGGAGAAUUAUAACCAGGAACGAUUGAUAUUGUCCGUGAUUCCUCGCUUCAUAGCCCUGCAGAUGAUCAAUGACAUCUCCGAAGUCGACAACGCAAAACUACCCGGAUCUCCCAUCAUGAGGACGACGUCGCGUGUCCACUCUGACCAAAUUAACAAAAUUUAUAUCAAAAAAUAUGACAAUGUCAGUAUCCUGUAUGCCGAUGUGAAAGGUUUUACUGAAAUGUCGACUAUUCUUCCGCCUCAAAGAUUAGUUGCAACCUUGAAUGAAAUGUUCGCCAGAUUCGACAGGUUAGCACAAAAGCACAACUGCCUACGGAUUAAGAUACUCGGAGACUGUUAUUACUGCGUGUCCGGAAUUCCUGAACCACGCCCAGAUCACGCCCACUGUUGUGUGGAAAUGGGACUUGAUAUGAUUGAAGUUCUGAACAGAAUUGAAGAUAGUGGAAAUAAAAUGCAAAUGAGAAUAGGCAUUCACACCGGAUCAGUUCAAUGCGGUGUCCUUGGACUUCGAAAAUGGCAAUUCGAUGUUUGGUCGAAUGAUGUUAACAUAGCAAAUGCAAUGGAAUCAGGCGGAGUACCAGGGAGAGUUCAUAUAUCUGAAGCUGUGUAUAAAUGCUUGUCAGGAGAUUAUGAGGUUGAAGACGGUCGAGGCGGUACUCGAAAUCGCUUCCUGAGAGAGAAUAACAUCAAAACUUAUCUCAUAGUAGAUCGGUACGACCAGCAACCGAUCCGAUUACAGGAGAACAAUGAUAACGAUUCAAGAAGCUCGACCCCGAGUUAUAAUCGUCGAUCAUCAUCACCAGUACCUUUCCAAUACAGUCACCAUAACCCGAUUAUACAAGUUCACAACGAGACAGGAAGCCUAACAAGCACAUCUGCUUUGAUUAACGGAAAUGAUACUUCAAGUAUGGAUCGGUUCCAACAGAAACGAGGAUCAACAUCAACUGUUCAGAGCGUUCCCUCUCCAACCACAAAAACAAUGCUUCAUAUACCACAAGAAUAUCCGGCCACACCAAGCAGACAACGAGUACCUUCCAUCAUAAUUAACCAAAUACCAGAGGUGCGGAUGACAAAGUCGUUUUCCAACGGAAACCUAUCAAACGGUGCGGCAGUCAAAAAUAAUGAAUACGACAGCGAUACUUCAUCUGUCUCAUCGACUGCACGAAGAAGGUGGAGAAUGCCUAUAAUGAUAUUGAAAAUGUUCGGUCGUAAAAAUCGUAAACGAAGCGACGAAGAAACCGGAAGUGAUGUCACUAUCAACGGAAAUGAUGUAAAGAACCCCCCGCAUAGCCCGCGAGUCGUAAACGGAUAUGAAAAGACUAGAUUGGAAUCAAAAUCUUCUCUAACACCGAAUAUGUUUCCGAAAUUGUCAUUCAAGCAUCGAAGGAAUCGUUCGUUUACGGAAAAGGGAUGGAAACCGGAAUUGCCGUUUGAAAAUUUACUCACAAAUGCAAAUGUGAACAAGAAACGACGGAAAAAGACUGCUUCAGCUUUCAAAGAUGUGACGUCACUGGGAAUAUUACCUCAUAAUUUGGCUCCAACGAAGCAAAGGAAAUCUGAUUAUGACGAAAUAAAUGACAGAAUGCUAAGAAGUAUCGACAAUCAAAAUUAUAACCAACUAGGGAAAGAACAUAUCAGAGAUCUCACAAUCACCUUCAAUGACGAAGAUCUUGAAUUAAAAUUCUCUCAACUUCGAGAUGAAUUGUUCAAAUCGAAUCUGGUGCUCUCAUGUCUAGUGGUUGCUUUCAUACUUGCUAUUGAAGCUUGUAUACCUGCAUCAGUAUAUUUUCUUGUCUACAUCGAUGUUGCUGUAUUUUUUGUCAUCUACGGAUUACUGAUGUUCAUGACUGUGGCUGAAGAUCAUACCAGUCUUCCAAGGUUGAUACGACAUGCUUCUUCUUUUAUUCAGGAAUCACUCCUAAUAAGAUAUCUCGUCAUUUACAUCGCACUUCUGCUCAAUCUGAUCAUUGCUAUAAGUGGAAUGUUUACUUGUCUCCAAGCCAAGGGCGAUGAAGCUCUCCAAACACAAAUAACGAUAACGUGUCACGAGACAAAUAUAUCUAACACGAUAAUACAUUAUGAGGUCGGUGAUGCGGCUGUCUGCAAUAAUCCUAAUUUCUUUCUGUACAACGGUCUUUUGGUGCUGAUAACGUGCUCUGUCUUCCUUCGAGUUCACAAUUUUGUCAAAUUAAUGAAUCUUGCUGUCGUAACGUUGGCGUAUGGGCUUAUUAUACUCGUGUUUUUGCCUGAAAUUUUCACAAAUUUUGAAAGAAAAAGAUUGCUUCAAGCGGAUCCAUGCAACACGCUUGGAUAUGCGUACGCUGAAACAGCACUUGGAUUAGUUUUCAUAUUUUUGUUCGGGAUCACUGUUUAUUAUCAAAGUAGAAGAAUUGAAUACACAACAAGACUGGACUUUUUAAGAAAACUUGAGGCCAAAGUUGAGGUGGAAGGUAUGAAGAAAUUACGGCGUCAUAAUUAUGAAUUAUUACGUAAUAUACUUCCGGAUCACGUAGCAUCUCACUUCCUAUCGAGGUCAAUAUACGAUGAGGGUCUCUACAGUCAAAGUCAUGAUUGUGUCGGAGUUAUGUUUGCUUCCAUUCCUAAUUACAAAUGCGGAGAUAACUCCAUAAGUCAAGAUAUCGAUGGUUUGACUCUGCUGAAUGAAAUUAUUUUCGAUAUCGACCAGUUGAUUGGUCAAGAGCGUUUCCGCUGUCUGGAAAAGGUCAAAACAAUCGGAAGUACAUACAUGGCUGCUUCCGGGUUGACCCCUCACAAUAUAAUGCAAGCAGUACCAACAUCGAAUAUACCACGAUCAAGUUUCGCAGAAGAUUCCUCAUCGAAUGAAAUUCAGUUCCCAACUCGAAGCGAGGACGGAAACGAAGAAUACAAGACUAUAUCAGUAAAAGCGAGCGAUAUUAGCCACCUUUGCAUGCUGGCUCAUUUUGCUCUCCUGUUACAGAGAGUGAUAGCUGAUAUCAAUGUUCAUUCGUACAGUAAUUUCAACUUGAGAGUUGGCAUUGCAUUUGGACCAGUAGUGGCAGGUGUAAUUGGUGCUCAAAAACCACAGUAUGAUAUUUGGGGGAAAACUGUCAACCUUGCCAGCAGAAUGGAGAGUACAGGAGUACCUGGACAGAUACAGGUCCCGGAAGAGAUGUGUCAAGUUCUAAAAGAUCGCGGAUUCCAUUUUUCACAACGAGGAAAAGUUCGGGUAAAAGGCCUCGGAUCGGUUCGAACACACUUCCUUACUGGGUGCACUCCAGAGGCCGCAAAACACGCCGGAGUUGACCGAGCUCUCUCAGACUUGGGUACAGGAUUCGGUGCAGAUGGGAACCUUCAACUCGGCGACGCAGCGGCAAAUGGAGGUCACCAUUCACUCGCACAAGUUGUCUUCAGUUUGGUUCAAGCUCGACAAAGACAUAAAAGAUACGGUGCGGCUUCUGGCAGAACAAGUGGAAGUUGUAAUGAAAGUGUAAGCAAUACUGCGACAGAAUGUUGAAGAUUCAAUUUGAUGCGUUGAUCGCUCUCCUCAGACGAGGUGAUCACAUUAAUUACCAGAAGACGAGUGAAAGAUGAAGUGCUACCGCGAACUCAAGACGGCUUGCAAAAGUGGAAGGAUGAACAAUGAAAGUACCAAGUGGGCAAAGCGUUGAUUGCCAUGAUAAGCGUUUGAAUGAACGAAUUUUAUAAGCGUACUUAGCUCGCAAUGAUUGUUAAAUCCGGUAUAUUGGGAAGCGACUGUCAGCAACUGUGAUGCGUUUUUUUUACAUCGACAUUUGUUUACUUACUUCAUGUUCAAAAUAACUAAUUGCGACUUUAUCGGCUUCUGUGAUAUCAUUCGGAGUAGUACUUGAUUCGGCGCUCCAGAAGUGUAAGUACCAAUAUGGAGGUAACUAAUUUUGUCCGCCUACUUUACAUCAAGUUGUGUGGAGAAACAGAAGCCUGUGGGCAGGGGGUAUAUUCACGUGGCUAACACAGAUAGUCUCCGAACUCGUUAUGGAACUAAAAAAAGAAAAAUCGGGAUAAAACUAUGCCCUAACCUAGUACACACACUACGGGAGUACCAGAGAAAUAAAACAUUCCCCAAAUACAAUUAACAUAAAGAUAAUUGUUUUUUAUUAAUAUAUAUAUAUAUAUCUGUUCUUUGCAAAACAUAGCAAAUAAAUAGCGCUGAAUAAAACUUUUUUAAUUUCGCCCCAGUCUAUGGUCUCGACUGGUUUGAUACCCUGGCAUAUACUGGCAUUUGUACUGAGUGGAUAAUUUUGAAUCUUUUGUAAUCUGAGUUCCUAAUGAUUUUACUUUUUGUUAUCAAGCACCUAUUUAUAACGCACGUUCUGAAAAUUCUUGUCUAUUUUUAAACUUUUUUCUAUAUAAAACACAAGUCUGCUGGUCGC